GAAGCGGAAACGUUUGUUGUCGUCAGCAUACCGGAGGAUUUGGUCUCUACGGUCAUGGAGCAUAACCGUUGCCUAGGAUUCUUCUUUGGCUCGGUCUAUAUUAAGUUCCAGGGGCCAAAGGGUAAAUAUACCGAAUGGCCCCCCGAAUGGGACAAACCAACGGUGGAAAAUGCGACCACGUCUGCAAAGUCGGAUCCUGACUUAAACAAGGCUGAAACACUGCCUAGUUUAACAACAGAAAGUGAGGAGCAAGCCACAGCUCCCUCCACAUCGCGCGACACAACUGAUGCGCCUAUGGAGGUGACGCCUGACGAUGAACUCAUCCUGCUCUCAGUAGAUUCGGGCGACCCAGAGUCGGCUGAUUCGGAGAGUGGUGAUGAGUACACCAGAAGGUUCGGUGGCUUGGCCCUUGGUCAGGAGGAAGAGGGGAUGCUAUCUGAUGAUGGCGAACCCCUCAUCUGAAUGCCACUUUCUUCAAGCAAACCUCCAGCACAGUCAGAGCGCUACGGCUCAGCUCAGGAAAUGGCUGGAGGUAACCACUACGGCCAUUGUGCUUAUCCAAGAGCCGUGGGUAAGCAACUCUGGCAAAAUCAACGGCCUCACUAACAUCGGAGGGAUGUAUGCGCCAUCCUACUACUAGGCGACAACAACCACAGGCCCAACAUUGUGAUCGCCUCGACGUACAUGCCGGCAGAUGAAGACCCACCACCGCGAGAAUUUGCCAGGCUGGUGGAGUACUGCGCGGGAGAGGGUUUGGAGCUUAUCGCGGGCACAGACUGCAAUGCACACCACCCCCUAUGGGGGAUGCCUACAGGUAACAACAGAGGUAGAGACCUUGUUGAAUACCUAUUUACAACUAGUCUUAAUUUAGUCAAUACAGGUGCCGAACCAACCUUCGUCACUCGCCGAUGUAGAACUAUCAUUGAUCUCACACUGGCGACCCCUGGCAUCAUAGGUAGCAUUAACAACUGGCACGUGUCAAAGGAGGCUUCUUGCUCCGAUCACAGGUGGCUACGCUUUAACCUACAGGUAAACACUAUUACACCCAUUCCUACAAGGAAUCCCAGGAAAACUGAUAGGACACUCUACCGGGCCCAUCUUGAAAACCUCCUUACGAAUGCAUGCUUUCCAGAUAGAAUUAUGAAUAUACCGGAUUUAGAACGUCUGGCAGAGCAACUAACUACAAAUAUUAUUUCCAGCUAUAACACUGCCUGCCCCCUGCGGGCAACGAAAGUAGCAGGUGCCAAACAGCAAUCCUGGUGGGGACCGGAACUUGCCAAACAAAGACAAUUGGUCAGAAGAUCACUAAACCGUGCAAUGAACACUAACUGCGACCAUGAUUGGAACACUUACAAAGUAAACAAAGCUGAAUACAAAAGACAAAUAAGAUUCAGAAGCAGUGCAGGAUGGAAGAAAUUCUGUGAUGGCAUUGAAUCCUGUAAUCAAGCAAACAGAGUGCGCAAAGUCAUCUCCUGCUGCAAUACGACCAAGCUGGGAUCGAUCAAAAAAGGCGACAACACUCUUACAAAAACACCAGCUGAGACGGAAGCUGUUCUGAUGCAGACACACUUCCCCGGCUGCAAAUUCAUACAACGACAUGAAAGGAAAGAUACGGCAACCCACACACCAUGUGAGGACAACUGGAGUACUGCUGAGCUCAUAGUCAGUAAGGAAAAAGUACAAUGGGCAAUCGACAGCUUUCAAGCAUACAAGGCACCUGGUCCAGAUGGUAUAUACCCAGCUUUAUUACAAUGGGGGGGACCGAUACUCACGUCUCAUCUAUCUGCCAUUCUGACAUCCAGUCUUGCUCACGGCUAUAUACCGACCAGCUGGAGGACUGUUGACGUUAUUUUCAUUCCUAAACCAGGGAAAACAGACUACACGGAUGCGAAAGCCCACAGACCUAUCAGCCUCACAUCCUUUUUACUUAAAACACUGGAACGGCUAUGUGAUAGACACAUUAGAGAUACUGCCCUCGCGCGUUUUCCACUACAUCGGAACCAACAUGCCUACAGCCAUGGUAAAUCUACCGAUUCGGCCUUACACUGUGUGGUGUCCAAAAUAGAA